AUGACUGCGCCCCUCAUUGAUCACUCCCCUCACCACCCUUCGCCUUCGCCGCCCAUCCCUUCCGCCUCCAACCUGAUCCUAAUAGACAAUUACGACUCCUUUACCUGGAAUGUCUACCAAUACCUCGUUCUUGAGGGUGCCACCGUCACCGUCUUCCGCAAUGACGAGAUUACGCUGGAAGAAUUGAUUGCAAAGAAUCCGACGCAGCUAGUCAUAAGUCCCGGGCCGGGCCACCCAGAGAAGGAUGCAGGCGUGAGCAAUGAUGCGGUCAAGCACUUCAGCGGAAAGAUUCCCAUACUAGGAGUUUGCAUGGGGGAGCAAUGCAUCUACCACUCCUUCGGGGGGCGCGUUGACGUUACGGGCGAGAUUCUUCACGGCAAGACGUCGCCUCUUAGACACGAUGGGAAGGGCGUAUACGCGAACAUCCCUCAAGACCUACCUGUAACCAGGUACCACUCCCUCGCGGGAACACAUCCGACUCUCCCAGACUGCCUCGAAGUCACAUCUUGGAUCGCUUCCGGCCCUGACGGCGGAAAGGGGGUUAUAAUGGGAGUGCGCCACAAAGAAUACGUUAUUGAAGGGGUGCAGUUCCAUCCGGAGAGUAUCCUGACUGCCGAAGGAAGGGUCAUGCUGAAGAACUUCUUGCACAUGCAAGGCGGCACGUGGGCAGAAAACGAAAGACUCUCGAAAGAGGCGCAUUCAAAGGCCGUUUCCACGGCUGCCAGCGGCUCUGGCAAGAAGGAUAAGCAGACUUCAAUCCUUGAGAAGAUCUAUGAGCACCGGAAAGCUGCCGUUGCAGAGCAGAAGAAGAUCCCCUCUCAGCGCCCAAGUGACCUGCAAGCUGCGUAUGAUCUCAACCUUGCGCCUCCCCAGAUCUCAUUUCCGGAGAGGCUAAGGCAAUCGCCAUAUCGGCUUUCGCUCAUGGCUGAGAUCAAGCGUGCCUCUCCGUCGAAAGGCAUCAUUUCGUUAUCUACCUGCGCCCCGUCGCAGGCCAGGAUAUAUGCGAAAAGCGGCGCCAGCGUCAUCUCUGUCCUGACCGAGCCCGAGUGGUUCAAGGGCAGCAUUGAAGACCUCCGAGCUGUGCGCCAGAGCCUAGAAGGAAUGGUCAACCGCCCGGCAGUGCUGCGUAAAGAGUUCAUUUUCGACGAGUACCAGAUUCUUGAGGCUCGGUUGGCAGGCGCCGAUACUGUGCUGCUGAUUGUCAAGAUGUUGGAUGAAGCACUUCUGAAGAGGUUGUAUCUGUAUUCGCAGUCGCUGGGUAUGGAACCCCUGGUUGAGGUACAGAACGUGGACGAGAUGCGCAUUGCAGUCAACCUGGGCUCGAAGGUUAUCGGCGUCAACAACCGCAAUCUGGUCAACUUUGAAGUCGAUCUGGAAACUACCAGUCGCUUGAUGGAUAUGGUGCCGAAGGAAACCAUAGUCUGUGCCUUGAGCGGUAUUGCGGGCCCCAAGGACGUGGAGCCUUAUCUCAAGAGCGGUGUUGGUGCAGUUCUGGUCGGUGAAGCCCUGAUGCGGGCAUCUGAUACAGCGAAGUUCAUUUCCGAUCUGCUCGGGGGGUCAUCACCAUCAGCAACACCUGAAGCAAGCACGCGGCCUCUUGUCAAGAUCUGCGGAACACGAAGCCCUGAAGCCGCAAAGGCCGCCAUUGAGGCCGGAGCGGAUCUGAUAGGGAUUAUUCUCGCUGCCGGUCGGAGACGAACCGUGUCAAGAGAAACGGCGCUCGCCAUCUCCGAAGUCGUACAUCAGACGAAGCGCUCCACAUCUCAAACCACUCCAAUAUCCCUCUUAGCUACUGAUUUCUUCGAUCACGCCUCGUCUCACCAUGUCCUCUCUACGGAUCGCGCACUGUUGGUAGGAGUCUUCCAGAACCAACCUCUCGAGUACGUUCUGGAACAGCAAAGAGCCCUGGGUUUGGACCUCGUCCAACUGCACGGCAGAGAGCCGGUGGAGUGGGCAAAAUUGAUUCCUGUACCUGUCAUUAAGAGCUUCAGCCCCAAGGAUCGCGGUAUCGGCCUUCGCGGCUACCAUGCGCUCCCACUGCUGGACGCUGGCGCUGGUGGAACGGGGCAGCAGCUCGAUUUGUCGGAUGUCAAAGACGUUCUUUCGAAAGAUGACGGAGUCAAGAUUCUUCUUGCUGGAGGUCUGAAUCCGGAGAAUGUGCAGCAGGUACUUGGUGCGCUGGGAGAGUAUGGCAGUCGUGUGAAGGGUGUGGAUGUUAGUAGUGGAGUAGAGGAAGGAGGAGAGCAGAGUCUCGAGAAGAUCAAGGCGUUUGUGAAGGCAGUUAAGGGGGCAUAG